CGCGCCACCUCCUCGCGCUGCUUUACGAACCUAGACUGUGGCUCCCCGCCUCCUGUCUCCGUCCUCACAUCCCCGCCCCCUCUCACUGUAGAUUCUCCUACCACGACGCGCCCGCUAUAAUCACGUGAUUGCCUCAUCCGGGUCCUUUGGGUUCUCUCUCCCUCUCCCAACAUGGCGGCCUCAGCAAAAAAGAAGAAUAAGAAGGGGAAGACUAUCUCCCUAACCGACUUUCUGGCUGAGGAUGGAGGGACCGGUGGAGGAACCACCUAUGUUCCCAAACCAGUCAGCUGGGCUGAUGAAACAGAUGACCUGGAAGGAGAUGUUUCAACCACUUGGCACAGUAAUGAUGAUGAUGUGUAUAGGGCACCUCCAAUUGACCGUUCCAUCCUUCCCACUGCUCCACGGGCUGCUCGGGAACCCAAUAUCGACCGGAGCCGUCUUCCCAAAUCGCCACCCUACACUGCUUUUCUAGGAAACUUGCCCUAUGAAGUGACAGAAGACUCUAUUAAGGAAUUCUUUAGAGGCUUAAAUAUCAGUGCAGUGCGUUUGCCACGUGAACCCAGCAAUCCAGACAGGUUGAAAGGUUUUGGUUAUGCUGAGUUUGAGGACCUGGAUUCCCUGCUCAGUGCCCUGAGUCUCAAUGAAGAGUCUCUAGGUAACAGGAGAAUUCGAGUGGAUGUUGCUGAUCAAGCACAGGAUAAAGACCGGGAUGAUCGUUCUUUCGGGCGAGAUAGAAAUCGAGAUUCUGACAAAACAGACACAGACUGGAGGGCACGUCCUGCCACAGACAGCUUUGAUGACUAUCCACCAAGAAGAGGUGAUGAUAGCUUUGGCGACAAGUAUCGAGAUCGUUAUGAUUCAGACCGGUACCGUGAUGGGUAUCGGGAUCGGGAUGGCUAUCGGGAUGGCCCACGCCGGGAUAUGGAUCGAUAUGGAGGCCGAGAUCGAUACGAUGACCGAGGCAGCAGAGACUAUGAUAGAGGCUAUGAUUCCAGAAUAGGCAGUGGCAGAAGAGCCUUUGGUAGCGGGUACCGUAGAGAUGAUGAUUACAGAGGAGGAGGAGACCGAUAUGAAGACCGGUAUGACAGACGAGAUGAUCGACCUUGGGGCUCCAGAGAUGAUUACUCACGGGACGAUUAUAGGCGUGAUGACAGAGGUCCCCCCCAAAGACCCAAACUGAACCUAAAGCCUCGGAGUACUCCUAAGGAAGAUGAUUCUUCUGCUAGUACCUCCCAGUCCAGUAGAGCGGCUUCUAUCUUUGGAGGGGCAAAGCCUGUUGACACGGCUGCCAGAGAAAGAGAAGUGGAAGAACGGCUACAGAAAGAGCAGGAGAAGCUGCAACGUCAGCUGGAUGAGCCGAAACUAGAACGACGGCCUCGGGAAAGACACCCAAGCUGGCGAAGUGAAGAAACUCAGGAACGGGAAAGAUCAAGGACAGGAAGCGAAUCAUCACAGACUGGAACCUCAGCCCCAUCUGGCAGAAGUAAGUUAGAUCAGGAUGCCCGAAGAAGAGAGAGUGAGAAGUCUCUAGAAAAUGAAACACUCAGUAAGGAGGAAGACUGUCACUCUCCAACUUCUAAGCCUCCCAAACCUGAUCAGCCUCUAAAAGUAAUGCCAGCGCCUCCACCGAAGGAGAAUGCAUGGGUGAAGCGAAGUUCUAACCCUUCUGCUCGAUCUCAGAGCUCAGACACAGAGCACCAAUCUCCUACAAGUGGUGGGGGGAAACUAGCUCCAGCUCAGCCUUCUGAGGAGGGACCAGCAAGGAAAGCAGAUGAAAAUAAUGGAAUGAGUACCCAAAAAGGCCAAACUGGGAACUCCAUCCGUGGUCUAGGAGAUGGAGGGAACAAAGACCAUUGGAAAGAGUCAGAUAGGAAAGAUGGCAAAAAGGAUCAAGACUCUAGAUCUGCACCUGAGCCAAAGAAACUUGAGGAAAAUCCAGCCUCUAAGUUCAGUUCUGCAAGCAAGUAUGCUGCUCUCUGCAUGGAUGGUGAAGAUGAUAAUGAAGGAGAAGACUACACUGAAUAGACCUCUACAUCCUGUGCUUUCUCCUAGUCUUUCUCCACCCUGGAAUUCAAGAGCAAAUCAAACUUCUAUCCAGUCAAGGCAAAAUAAAGCUCACCAUCUCCUGGAGACUUUUCUUAACUUUUUUUUUUUUUUUUUUUUAAUGAAAUUCUUUUGCAUGCUGCUGCAGCCUUUUAAAGUAUUGAAGUAACCGGAGAAUCACCAUUAUAGUCAGAAACAGAGACUACAGCUUUUUAAUGGAAAAGUUGUGGUGUGUUCUUAGGAUACCAUGCAGUUGCCUGUGUGAUUAGUGCCUAGGGGCCUCCAUUUAGCAAAAAUGGUAAUGACAGUGAUAUGAUGUCUGGAGUGGUUGAGCAGUAGGGGAGGGAUAAGGAACAGUGAGGUUUCUACCUUUUCAUUCUUGUUGUGGCUUAUAUGAAUUCUCAAGCAUUAUCUGAAUAAAUUUUCCAUCCUUGGAAAGGUAGAUUUUCUCUUUUAAAUUGUUUGUCUCCAGGAGGCUGCCAACCCUUCCUCUUAUUUUUAUUCUGAGUUGAUGGAGCCAGCCUAGGGGAAAUGCCUUUAGUGUUUACCCCCUAGGGGGGUAGUUGGGAGUGUGUCUACAGGCCACUGAAGAAUACAAUUGCUUGGGGACCAAAAUAAUGGGGAAAUUGUGCUUGGAGGAGAGAUUUAGGGAGGUGAUGGAUUAUUUUGCACCAGGUAGUAGGGGGAAGUGGUGUGACCUGAUAAACACAUGAAUGGUUGUUUCCUAGAGCAGGAAGCACUUAGGGGUCAUGGGAAUUCCAUUCUUGUGUCUUGGUUGUACCCUUUCUCUUACCAUUUCUGAAAGUUUAAAUACAUUUACAUUCUUUGGAAACCUUGAAGCUUUAACACAUCCAGACUCUUAGGGCCCAGCAUGGUGGCCUACACCUGUCAUUCCAGCACUUAGGAGGCUGAGACAGGCGGAUUGCUGCAAGUUUGAGGCUAGCGUGGGCUACAAAGUGAGUUCAAGGCCAGUCUGGACUAUAUAGUAAUGAGACUGGCUCAGAAAACAAAACAAACAAACAAAAAAAUUUUUUUCAGACUCCUAACAAUCUCAUGUUCUUCAUGCUGCUCUAACCUCCCUAAAACUAGUCUCUAGAUCUAAAGAUGCAGCCUCUUAGGCAUUUUUUAUCUCAGCCACUGGAUGCUGUGACAUGAAGAAUCACUGCUUUUCUCAAAAAAAAAAAAAAUCAGUUCUUUGAUGUGUUUUAAUUCAUUCCUUCCCUCCUGCUCUGACCCCUUUUAUAGAUCAGAAUGCCCUAGGUUGAUCUUUGGUGAUGAAUAAGUAGAGAAAUAGGGACAGUUACAUGGAAGCUUUUCUUACAACCUCAAUUGGGGGAGCUGGGGGUUUAUUUUGUUUUUAUAACUUUUCACUGAAGUCCCACACCAAUGCUUGGGUUAUAAUAUGGCCUAGGUCAGUGUGUGGCUUUCUGCUUGUGGGAGGGGAUGUGGUUUUUAGCUUGAGAGAAUAAAUGAUAAAUAUUUGACAAGGUCCUGUUUUCUCUUGGAACACAAUAGCUUUAGUUGGGGGUCAGCUUGGUAAAUAAGAUUUCUUCUCACUGGGCAGUACUGGUGCUGCUGACAGAUGAUGCUUGGUCUCUUUAUUUGCAAGCCUUUCUCCCAUUGGUCCUAGGGUAGCCUUUCUGGCCCUGCAGAGGGUGUGUGCCCUGUGCCUGGGAGCUGUGGCAGUGGGCAUAAUGAGCCAUUUACCUAGUGGACUAAAGGUAUACCAAGUAAAUUAUCAUUAAUUGGUGGGGUUGGCAAGUAAUUAGGACGCAGGCUUUUAGACAUACCCAAAGUUGAACGCGUUUUCUUCUAAAACCGUUGGUUGUAGAUAAUGAAAAGGUAGUUUACUCUCUUUAUGUCUGCUCUUCUGAAUAGUUGUAUACAAAAAAGCUAUUUUGUCCCACUCCCCUUCCUUGCCUCCACUAAAUAGAAACAGGGACUGGUUUAGGUCUCUUGGAUACAUGUAAAAUUUGUACAAAAAUAUCUUCUAUGAAAAUGAUUUGUAACCUGUAGACUUACUACCUGGGAGAUGUCUUGAGAUGUAAAAUCCCAUCCUUUGGGUUGUGGGGUUUUUUUGUUUUGGGUUUUUUGUUUUGUUUUUUUUUUUGUUUUUGUUUUUCUCCAAAUAAAUUUGAUGUUUAAAACUC